AAAAAUUUAGCCUAGCUGUACUGUUCUGUUCUGUUCUGUUCUGUUCUGUUCUGUUCUGUUCUGUUCUGUUCUGUGCUGUCUCUUGUAUCUUGUAUCUUGUCUUGUGAUUAAAAAAAUAUAAACUAGCCAUACCUCAGUCGCCGAACAUAAAUUCAGCCCCAAUUCGAACGUAUCUUUAUGAUGAAAAACACUAUUUAGAGUGUUAUUUUUGUAUCUUCAAAUUUGCAUCUUUUAUUACGGUAUUUAAACAAUUUCAAAACGUCAGAACAAUGCGAAGUAAAAAAGCAUUUUAAAAGCUUCAGAACUUAUUAAUAAGUGUGUUAGUAUUAAAAUGCCUUAUUGCCUUUUAUUUCCUGGUGCAGUAAUUCAGUAGAUAUACAUGUACGCCACAGCGGGCUGUUUUCAAUAUGGAUCCCACAAGUAAUCAAAGGAAAGUUAACUUUAAUUUUUAUAUACUAAAGUUUAAUCUGGGUUUUACCAGCUAACGGCCAAUUUAAGAACGUUUCCUUGAAAAAAUGUUUUUUAUUUGAUCUUUGCCUUGUUUCCGUAGCAUAGCAUUCGUCCAAAAGUAUAUUACAGGGUUUAAUGUCGAUUUUAACAUAGCGAGAAGAACGAACCAAGUUUUAAUCGCAAUUGCUUUGAAACUUGACUUCACGUCUAAAUGACCAAACGAAAGCGUUACAGAAACAAAAGUAACAAGGCAACACAUUACUAUUAGAAAAGUGGACUUAGCCGCUUUGAUUUCUUUGAGAAAGCGUCCUUUGCUCAUGCUUCAUUUCUCUGAUGCAUUUGUGGACGCAUCGCCUCGUUCCGCCGCUAUCAUCGCCGCUCGCAUCCGAUUCGUGUCGCGAAUUGUCAAGAAAAUCUUUACAUACACGAAAACUGUCGUUAAAAUGAAGAGUAUCGAAGUUGUAGACAGUAUUGGAGCUGUUAUUUCUUUAUGGGUUAAGCUGAAACCGUAAAUGAUGGUUUGUACGCUACAAAUAGAGAUUACGUAUGCCAGCAGUUUGGUGUUUGUAACCACGUCUCGAUGACAGAAUGGGUGCACUGUGCAUAAAUAUCUAUCAAAAUUCAUAACAGACAGCGUUGUUAGUGUGUAGAAGAACAUGAGCAUCCCGAAUUUUUUGAGAAAGAUUGCGACAGCACAACUUGUUCCGCCUACAGCCUCGUUUGCGAAGCGAAAAGUCAUCAAAGGCAUGAAGAGUACUCCAUUUGCCAGAUCGACGAUGAAUUGUAGUAAUAUAGUGAAAUUGGAUGUUUUUUGCUUCAGUAUUCUCGAACGCCAUAUUGUGAUGGCUGUAAUGCCGUUCAGGAAAACCGUUGCAAAUGUUAGGAUAAUUGCAAAAAUCACAGCGAAGAUAUGAAUAACCAUGCUUCCUCUUGUAGGGAAUCCAGUGAUUUCUUGGGCUUGGUCGUUCACGAUGUAGCAUGUUUUGAAAAACUUCGCAUUACUGCUUGUUAUAUUUGUUAUGUUCAUUUUUCAGUAAACCGCAAAACCUGAUCAACUGUUAUAACGGGCUAACAUACGAACUCAAAUUAUAUAGCAUUCAAUGAGUGAAUCGUUUUGUUUUGUGCAUGAUGUUUUAAAUUAUUCAUCAUGCACCUUAAACGUGAUUCUUAACGAUAUUCUUAACGAGUUAACAGGAUUUCUUCUUUGUUCUUGUCAAUUUUCAUAUCCUGAAUGUCAAUAUCAAUAGGCCAAGUCUAAACGAUGCAUUUUAUAUAUACAUGCGUCAAACCAAAUACAUAUUCGAGUCGACUUCAAUUGACAUUUUUCAAAUUUUAAUUCAGACUUUAAUUGUCCAAUUUAAAUAAGAGGAGAAUCUUUUCUAUGAUGUUUAUGAUGCCUCUCUGAGUGUAUAUCCACCCCCGGGAAAGCUUGAAAAACAUGCCUGGCCACGGUGGGAAUCGAACCUACGACCUUUGGAAUACUAGCCCAAUGCUCUGCCCUGUGUGGAUAACUGGAUGUACACUCAGACUAUAACAUCACAAACAUCAUAUCCACCUGAGUACCUAACACCAACAGAAAAAAACAACUUUUGCCAUGUCACGUAAUACGCGCUCAAAACUAAUGACUAUGCUUUUCCGCUUGGAUGUUAGGCUACUAUAUUCCAUUUUUACUGAAUGUUUGAUCCUUUUCUCAGGCGGCAAACAAACUUAAACGGUAUGUCUGAUGCUUUAUCUGUAAAUUUAUGCUAAAAUAUAUCAAGAGGUUUUAGAUGGCGCCAAAGAGAAAAUGAUGUCUGAAAUUCAGUAAGUUUUGCUUAUAUUGCUGUAUAUUAAAUAUGGCGUCAAUUUUACAGUAUCAAUGAUAAUUGUAUUUAAUGAUAAUUGUAUUUUUUACUAUUAUAUUAUGUUUUUCAACCGCCAGACACGUUUAAAAUGAUAAAGCUAAUUAUAAAACUAAGUAAUUUUUAGAGGAACGCCAAAAAGAUUUUAGGUUUUUGAACACUUUGCAUCGCAAAUACGCGACAUUGAAAAAAAUUGCCUCUUAAAUUGCAAUUAAAGCCCGCCAAAUCCAAACUGACAAUAUGGCGGAUGAAGUUGGUAAGAGAAAAAAGCUUUACGUUUAUUGCUAUCAAACGUCAUUCGGCACAGAAAAUAAAGACUUUUAAUAGAUAUGGCAGUAAAUAACCUCUUGGCAAUUGGAGAAAGCAGAGACGGGUGCUCCUUAUUGGUCAAGUAUAGUGCGUGGCACGCGCGUGCGAAUAAAAUCCAUAUUUUGAAAAACGUCCAAUUAAAUAUUUCUACAGCAUAAUUUAUGCAUUAGAUUCGACUGAUGUAAAAUGCGGCGUUUAAAUCAACAAUAGAUUUAAACGUCGCAUUCUACAUGCAUGUAUAAUUCAAUAAAUUCAUUCGGCGCAAUUAAAAUUCGACAUUUAAUUAAUUUUAGAUCGGACCCAUAUACCGUAUUUACUCGAUUCAGCGCCGCCCCCGAAUGAGUGCCGCAUUUGAGAUCAAUUUGUUUUAAAGAACGCCGCCCCCGAAUGAGCGCCGCGCUAAAGAGUGUAAAAAAUUUUCCGCCGUCAAAAUUGGGACAUUUAGUGAUAAAAACCUUUCAAAACUUGUCUAUUUUAUAGUUAAAACUUCUUGUCAUAAUUCACAAAUAAAAUAUUUUUUAAAGAGCCCCGCCCCGAUUGAGCGGCGCCGCGCUUAAACGAGUAAAUAUGGAGUAACGUUUCAAAGCGGGUUGGGAUAAAACGCGGAACCGGAAUGCGGAAGUGGAUUCCGGAAGAGGAUUCCGGAAAUGAGGAUAAAACGCGGAUUCCGCAAAUGAGGAUAAAACGCGGAAUUGAAACAGAAUAAGGACGAGAAGCAUCUUAGGGUAAAUUAAGUUUGGUCACAACAUUAACUUAAUGCCACAACCACUGAAAAAUUUACCUGGCAAAAUUUUCCCUUUAUUAAUUUAAUUUUAACUGCAUUCAAGCGAAUUACAAGUAACCCAAAUAAGUGCGCUUAUGGUGGUCUUGGACAAAAAAUUCCUAUAUUCAGUCAAUUUUUUGUAAAAAUAAAGAAAUGCAGUCAAUCUUCGCAUGUUUAAUACUGAAUAGCAACAGUAUAUUUUAAACACCAAAAUAUAAUAAUACGAAACUGGUUCAAAAGGUCUAAGAAGUGUGCAAAUUAAACAUUACUUGCAAAAUUUUAAUUUACACGAUUGACUCGCGGAAAAUUUAAUAAUUAAAAUGUUUAUUUUUUGUGUAGUGAUAUAAUACUUUUGUUACAUGCGCUAUUAAUCGAGUCUAUAUCGGUAGUUUAACUCCUGCGCUGCCGGCAGCAGCCACUUAUAAAUUCAGUUUGUCAUUCUCUUCUUAUAUAUAGUGCAUUACGCGCACAAUAGUUCUUUGUUCUCGUACGCGUUUUCUUUUCGUGGCAUUUUAAUACAAAUCCAUGAAAAUUGUGAUGAUUUAUGGCGAAAUUUCAUUCGGCGGCGGAAAACGGUCAAAUUUCUGAAUCACCUGUCAAAUGUGUUGUGCAUGUUUCGUAUUACAUUACAUUCGCCGGGUUUUGCUGUUCCUAAGUUUAUGUUCAUCAAUAUAUGUAGUUUGGCAAAAACAAAAAUCGAGUACGAGGCUACGAGCUGUAGUUGCACUGGAGGCAGAUUUGGUCAAUAACGAUAUAGAUGUAUGUGUGGAGAGCGAGAGUCACCUGAAACCUAAAAUGCCAGAUGCUGUGGUGACCAUUCAUAAUUAUUCAAUAUUUAGAAGAGAUGGAAGUUGGGAAGGACGCGCUAUGAGAGCAAAAGGAAGGGUAGCAAUAUAUGUUCGGAACAACUUAAAAGCUAUUGAUAUUUAUCGAUCCA